AUGCCACCACAAAUCAAACAAGACCUGAACCGAUCCGGAUGGGAAACGACCGACUUCCCGUCCGUGUGCGAGAACUGCCUGCCGGAGAACCCCUACGUCAAGAUGCUCAAGGAGGACUACGGGGCCGAGUGCAAGCUGUGCACGCGGCCCUUCACCAUCUUCAGCUGGUCCGGCGACGGGCGGGCGCAGGGCCGCAAGCGGCGCACCAACAUCUGCCUGACCUGCGCCCGCCUCAAGAACGCCUGCCAGUGCUGCAUCAUGGACCUGCAGUUCGGCCUGCCCAUCGUCAUCCGCGACAAGGCCCUCGAGCUGAUCGCCCCGGGCCCCCAGAGCGAGAUCAACCGCGAGUAUUUUGCGCAGAAUAAUGAGAAGGCGAUUGAGGAGGGGAGGGCUGGCGUGGAGGAGUAUGAGAAGGCCGAUGAGAAGGCGAGGGAGCUGUUGAGGAGGCUGGCGCAGAGCAAAUCUCGCGACGGGAGGGAAUCCGGCGGGUCGGCGCGGGGCUGGGUGGUUCCGGGGCCGAUACGGACGAGGGACUCGAGAGCGGCGGCGAGGGCAGGCGCGAAGGCUGGUCCGCGAAAGGGGCCGCUCGGUGCGAAUGCCCCGCCACCAGGACCGCGGGACUGGAUGCCGCCGAACGACCGUAACAUCAUGUCGUUGUUCGUCACAGGGAUCGAGGACGACCUGCCCGAGUACAAGAUCCGCGACUUUUUCAAGGUGUUUGGCAAAAUCAAGUCGCUUGUGGUGUCACACAUGACACAUUGUGCGUUCGUCAAUUAUGAGACACGCGACGGGGCGGAGAAGGCGGCGGCGGAGUGCAAGGGGCGAGCGGUUAUUGCGGGUUGCCCGUUGCGCGUGCGAUGGAGCGUACCGAAGGCGAUUGGGACAAUGGACAAGGAGGAACGCACCGAGAUGCUGCGUGAUGGGCGGUCGGCUUUCCCGCAGACAAACCGAAGAGGACCCCAAAAGGCUAUCGAGGGUGGGGCCGCGCAGUCGGGCAGCUCGACUGCUGCUGACGGAGACGACCCCUCGGGGCUUGUCGUGGCUGCGCCGCCGGGAGCCGCCGAUGUACAAUACGCCAGCUUGUCUGGCAACUAG